GUCACGCUUCUUCCAAAACAAAAAAAAUGGUGUGCGAUUGUGAUUUUUGUCGUCCAAAAAGUGCCGUAUAAAAAUGUUUUAAGUUAACCCCACCAAACCCGGCCAUGCACAUAGAAGCAAAGUAACGAAAUUUGACUCCAUAAUCGACAAAUAUCACACAAAACCAUACGAAUCCUGCACAUUAAAGCCAACCAUUUUUUUUAACCAGUGUGUCGUAUUGCCGUUGUAUUAGUGCCUGGCUGCGUGUGUGUGCGUGCGUGUGCUCCGCGAAAUCGAGAAUAGAAAGAUGUGUGUGCUCCGGUAGUGGUAGUGGCGAGCUAUAAGCGUGAAAUUAACACACCACAAGAAAAAACGCGAAUCGAAAUUCAAUAAUCAAAACUAAGCCGCCGCCAGCUAACCUCCUCCUACUCCCCCCUCCCCCCCAGAGUCAAAUAAAACAGCCAACAAAAUGCAACCCUCACCGCUGCAUUACUCAACGAUGCGGCCGCAGGCUCCCGGAUCGCUGGUCGAUCCCUAUGAGGAUGAGCUUCGCAUGGCGCCCUGGUAUUGGGGGCCCAUCACCCGGGAGGAGGCAAAGAACAUACUGCACGGUAUGCCCGAUGGCAGCUUCCUGGUGCGCGAUGCGCUCUCCAAAAAGGGAGAGUACACACUGACGCUGAUGAAGGACGGGAACGAGAAGCUGAUCAAGAUCUGUCACAUCAAUGGCAUGUACGGGUUCAUUGAGAAGAAACUGUUCAAUUCGGUGGUGGAAAUGGUGAACUUUUACAAGGCCAACUCCCUGAAUAUGUACAACAAGACGCUGGACAUAAUGCUGAGCCAUCCGAUUGUGCGAACGUACGAGGAGGAUGAUGCCCAUCCGCACGGGGAUCUGGGGAUGCUGAGCAACGAGUUUAUACGCACCGCGCAGAUGCUGCAGCAGCUGGAGCAGAGCCUCGACCAGAAGAAGAACUCCUUCAAUGCCAUUCGCGAGGAGCUGCAGGAGAAGAAGCUGCAUCAGGGCGUGUUUGGGAAUGCCGAAAAGAUAUUUCGCGAUCAAAUCAAACUCAACGAAUCGGUGAUGAAGACACCCGCCGGCGAGGGCGGUGCACCGGAAAGCGGAGGAGCAUGCCCGCUCGGCUCAGCCGCUGGUACGGCUGGCCCCUCCGCCUCGGCGUGCAGCAACAAUGCCAAUACCCGACAGAGCCUCCAGGAGAACCAGGCCCAUCUCCUGGCCCUGCUCGAAGCCAUCCAGGAGAAGAUGCAGCAGCUGAACCACUAUAUGGAGAGCAAGAAGAAGGAGGAGCUGCUGCUCGAGCGACAGAUCAAUGCCACCAAGCCGGAGCUGCAGAUGCUGCAGUUGCGCAAGGACAAAUACAUUGAGCGCCUGAAAGGAUUCAAUCUCACGGAAGACGAUCUGAAUGCCAUACUGGAGAUGGGUUUCGCGAAUUGGCGGCAACAGUACGAGAAUGUCUUGAAUCUGCCACACAGAAACGAGACCUACUGGUUCCUGAAGGAUGCCACGCGUCGUGAUGCCGAGGAGCUGCUUCGUGGCGCACCUUCUGGCACCUUCCUGAUCCGUGUGCGCAAUGCCGGCCACUAUGCGCUGUCGAUUGUGUGCAAGGGCAAUGUUCAGCAUUGCAUCAUCUAUGAGACGGAGAGUGGCUUUGGCUUUGCGGCACCCUACAACAUUUAUCCCACGCUGAAGAAGCUCGUGGAGCACUAUGCGACCAAUUCGCUGGAGGAGCACAACGAUACGCUGACCACGACGCUGCGACUGCCUGUGUACUACUGGGAGCAGAACAGGGCACAGAUUCUCGAGGAGUUGGAGAUGGAGCGGGAGCAGGAGGCAGCGGCAUCGUCACAGACAUCGCUGGGCAGCAGCAGUGCGCCCAUACCGACGCCCAGGGUACGUUCCGAUCAGGAUCAGGUGGAUGGUGGUGAGACUGAGACGCCACCGGCCUCCAUUUCGCCAUCAAACUUCAGCACAUCGCAGUAGGCAUGCCCCUUAAAAUCUCUCCCGCCCUCCCUUCCCCACACACACACACACAUUUACCUCCCUCACAGGCUAGCUAUCGUUUCUAUUGUAUCUAAAUCUAUCAUUCUCUCUCUCUCUCUCUAACCUCUCGCGCUCCGCUCUAAAGCUAUAUAUCUCUCUAUCUCUAUGUGUAUAUACGAUAUAUACAUCAUCUAUAAUAUAUAUAUAUAUAUUCGUAUAUGAAUAUUUUGUUGUCGUGUGAUGGAUGGAUGGCGUUGCAGUCCAACUGCUUCGGGGACCAUCCGCAAACAAAGAGAAAACCCAGGCUCCAGAAAAGUAGUUACAGUGUUUUGGUGAUCAUAUAGAUGUUGUUUAAACUAUAGACAUAUAUGUAUAUAUAUGCAAUAUAUAAAUAUAUGUGUGUAUGUAUGUGUGUAAGCCGCAAAGGCUUGCUAGAAGCCCUUAAAAGCCACAAAGGAAAUCCACACUUUUUAUAUGCAUAAAUAAAAUACAUAAAUAUGUAUGUACAUAUGUCGAUAUAUGGUAUAUAUGUACAUAUAUUUGUGUAUCCUUUUUUUGUAAUACUGCAUUUCGCGUGAUAAUUGAUAAGUCAAGCAUCUGUUGUAUCUGUUGUAAGCCCCUGCCCCACACCCUUUCCUGCUCCUUUAAUUAUAUUGUUAUCACGCUGCGCGUUGUCGUCAUCAUCGAGUGGGAGGGUUAAUAUAUAUAUUUAUAUAGUGUAUAGUAUAUAUGUAUGUAGGGGAGGGGUAGCCCUCUGAAGAAAUUCUACGAUAGUUCUUCAAACCAUUUUGUUUCGUGUGUUCAUGUAAAUAUAUAUAAAGUACUUGCGGAAACAAAGGGGAAACACACACCCACACACAGAGAAAUUUGUGAAUUCAGGUUAAGGUUUUGAUAACCAUACAGCCCCUGCCCCCUCUCUCCUGCACCUCACACACACACACACACAGCCUGUGCCCGCACUGGGCCGUGGCUCUAAUAUUUGUUGUUAUACUUAUUAUGAUUGAUUUUGAUGUAGUUUUAAGUCAAAUGUACGUAUGUUUAAACGAUGUGAUCACUCGAUUGUUGCUAAAAUAGUAAUUUCCUUUAAACAAUAUUGAAAAAAUAUAUCUAUAAUAUUUUUUUUUUACAAUUAAGAACCCACACAAAUACACAGAAACAGAUUGGCAAAACAAAGAAAAGAAUUAAUGUACAAAAGGAAUUCAACCCGAGAACAACAACUACAAAAAAAUAAGUGCAAUUGGCAAAAAAAAACGCUAUUACGAGUUCUUUUAAACAACUUUUUAUUAAAAGAUAGAUUUAUGUUUGAGUGCAAUUUCCGUUAUGUCCAACAGAUAUAUUCUCACACACACACACAAUAUUGAGUGCAAUUUCUUUAUAUGAUAUCGAUAAUUAUAUAGCCCCCCCCUCCCGUUGUUGUUCCCAUUUUGUUCUCUUGUGCCAGCCUUAAUGUUCGUUCGAGCUCGAUCACCUCUUUCGUGCUUCCUGUUAUGCAUUCUCCUUUGGCUUCGCUUUCGAAAUCGAAUCGAAUCGAUCAUACAUUCUCCCCUUGGCUAAUCGAAAUCGUAAUCGAAUCGAUCACACACCCACACACACACACGCGAGCGUCUUUCAAAUAUUUCUCUUUAUAAUAUAUAAAUUAACAAUUAUUCUCCACAUACUUUAUGCCUAUAUGUAACUCCUAAUUUACGUUUAAUUUAUUUAACUUGUAAUUUGUGUGUUUCAUACAAUUUUGCUUAAAUUCUAUGAGAUUUCGGCGGAUCGGAUCUCGUACGUUGUAGUAUUUUUAAGUUUUAAAAUUAAUUCUCCAUUUUUUAAAUUGCGUUUCAACAAAACAAAAGAAAACAAAAAAAAAAGAGAAAAAACCAAUACGUAGAAGAACCAGAUUAAAUGUAUUCUAAAAUAUGAUUGAUGCGCAAUCAAUCAUGCUGAUAAAUGAUGAUGACGUUUUUUUGCCAUACCCUCAAUGUUAGAUGGAAAUAUUUGUGUAUUUUGUGAAUUUUUGUUGUUGCUUGGUUUGUGAUUUCCAUCCUCUGACCUCUGUCUCUGCGAUUUUCACUGGUCUGCACUUUUGGCGCAGACCGGAACCAGAACAGAACAGAGGAGGAAUAUAAACUUGAAAGUAAAAGAGAAAGAAAGGAGAGAAGAAACGAAACGAAACAAAACGAAGAAGAGAAAUGAGAUGAUGAAGAAAACAAAUGAUAAAAACUAAAUGUGAAACGAAUUGCAAAUUUGUUGUAUUUUUUUAUAUGAAUAUAUACUGAUAUAUAGAUAUAUAUAUAUAUGAUAUGAUGUAUCUGUACGAGUAUAACCCGCAUACAUGCCCAUUAAAUAUGUAUGCUAUUAGAAUGCUAUAUGUUGUAGUUCAUAAGAUAUAUGUUGUAGAUCUUUAAGCGCUAACAGCAACAACCACAACAACAACAACCACAACAACAACCAAUUUUUGUAGUAGUUU